GGCGGGUGCGAUCAGACCAGGCAGGGCUGGUUUCACAACACAGAACCGGAAGAGACUGUUCGUCUUUUAGAAAAGCUCGGGAGACAGCUCUUGUCAUAGGGCUGAGCCAUGGACAGGAGACCGGAAAUGGGCGAGUCCUCAGGGGCGGUCGGCGGCGAGCGCGUCCGGGAUCUGCAGAGUGAGGUCGAAGGUGUGAAAAAUAUUAUGUCCCAAAAUGUGGAGCGAAUUCUUGCUCGGGGAGAGAACCUUGACCAUCUGAGGAACAAAACUGAGGAUUUGGAAGCAAGUUCUGAGCACUUUAAGACCACUUCGCAGAAGGUUUCCAGGAAGUACUGGUGGAAGAACGUGAAGAUGAUCAUUAUAAUCUGUGUUGUUGUUGGGAUCAUUCUCCUGUUGAUCAUUCUCCUGGCCACUAAAGUCAUACCAACAUAAUAUUUCCCAACUCUCUCUUCCUCUGUAAUCCCCCUGCUGAAAACACACAAUGUCCCCCAAUUAUAUGAAUUCAUCUGCUGGGUUUCCAUGAAGCAAUAAUUGGACUAAUCCUUCUGAAAUGUAUACUCUUCUUUAUGGGUAGGAUUGAUAUAAUUUUAUGGAUGCCUGUAUAAGUUUGUCCCAAUAGCUUGAGCGCAGCCAUAUCUACCUUGUGUUAAGUAAACACUGUUUAGUUGAUCAAUAUUAAACAUAAAGUUAUAUAUUAGAAACAUGUAUGUAUGUAAUUUUACAAGGGCAUGCAGGCCCAGAGAAGCAGCAGAACAUGCAGAUUAUAGAUGGGGAGGUAAUCGGCAGCAUAAAUGGGGAUUUAGAGGUUAGAAAUAGUUAUAUAAAACUAUAUACUUAGAGGAAUUUAAUUCAACAGUUUCUGUAGGAUAAAUGAGGCUUAAUGUACGUUCACUCUUUAUGUUAAUAAAUUGAAGGACCCUUCCUUUGGCAUAGUGGCCUUCAUCACAAAGUUAAUUCGAGAAUAUUCAGACAAUGUAUUUUGUUAAAUUCCACAAGCCUCAGACAUGCUUUUGUGGCAAUAAGGGUGUUUGGGAGUGUUUCUGUGUUUUGUAUGUCCAAACAGGUUGAAAGUAUGUAAAAUAAUGAAACUAUUCAUAUUCAUUCUG